UGACCUCAGAGUUAAUCUGCAGGAGUUAAUCACGAAGAGCCUCUAGUGAUUUUUUUUUUCUAUUUCUUUUAAAUAACCACACAACAGAACCACACAAACAGAGCACAGCCCCAUUUAAAAAGAAAGAAAGAAAUGAAAAGAGAGCAAAUACAUAAACAAAACUAAAAGGACAGACCCCUGGGAGUUCAUGUGAGCGCACAGGGCAUGAAUGUGAGCGCCUUUCUAUUUCUCUCAUUUGCCUCCGUAUGCAUCUCUGGGUGUACCAUCCCCCCCUGCCUCAAUUAUAUUAUCCUCCCAGACUUGGAAGCUGCUGCCUGAGCUAACGCUUUGAUGAUAUCUGCAAGCGUUUGUACUGAUCUUUAUUUCGGCCCCCUGAAUAUUAAUUUUCGAAGCUGGUAGCAAUACAUCUCCUGAGUGACGGGACCUACUAGAGGCAGGUGGGGGGAGCCAGCAACAAAUCAUCAGCAUAAUAAUAAUACAAAGGGGAGGGAUUCUUCUGCAACCCAGAGGCGAGAGGAAAAAAAAAAAAGCGAUGAGUUCGCCAAAUACAUGGAGCAUUGGAAGCACAGUCUACUCUCCGGUAUUUUCACAGAAAAUGACGCUGUGGAUUCUGCUCCUGCUAUCGCUCUACCCGAGCUUCACUAGCCAAAAAUCAGAUGAUGACUAUGAAGACUAUGCUUCUAAUAAAACAUGGGUGUUGACUCCAAAAGUUCCCGAGGGUGACGUCACUGUCAUCUUAAACAACCUACUGGAAGGGUAUGACAACAAACUUCGUCCUGAUAUAGGAGUGAAACCAACAUUAAUUCACACAGAUAUGUAUGUGAACAGCAUUGGCCCAGUGAAUGCUAUCAAUAUGGAAUAUACAAUUGAUAUUUUUUUUGCCCAAACCUGGUAUGACAGACGUUUGAAAUUUAACAGUACCAUUAAAGUUCUCCGGUUGAAUAGCAAUAUGGUGGGGAAAAUCUGGAUUCCAGACACUUUCUUCAGGAACUCCAAAAAGGCUGAUGCUCACUGGAUCACCACUCCCAACAGGAUGCUGAGAAUUUGGAAUGAUGGUCGAGUUCUCUACACCUUAAGGCUGACAAUUGAUGCCGAGUGCCAGUUGCAGUUACACAACUUCCCGAUGGAUGAACACUCCUGCCCCCUGGAGUUCUCCAGUUAUGGUUAUCCACGUGAAGAGAUUGUUUAUCAAUGGAAGCGCAGUUCUGUUGAAGUGGGUGACACAAGAUCAUGGAGGCUGUAUCAGUUUUCAUUUGUUGGAUUGAGGAAUACCACUGAAGUAGUGAAGACAACUUCUGGUGACUAUGUGGUCAUGUCUGUGUACUUUGAUCUGAGCAGAAGAAUGGGGUAUUUUACCAUCCAGACCUACAUCCCCUGUACACUCAUCGUGGUCCUAUCCUGGGUGUCCUUUUGGAUCAAUAAGGAUGCUGUUCCUGCUAGAACAUCUUUAGGUAUCACUACUGUCCUGACCAUGACUACUCUCAGCACCAUAGCCCGGAAAUCUCUGCCCAAGGUCUCCUAUGUCACAGCAAUGGAUCUCUUCGUAUCUGUUUGCUUCAUCUUUGUGUUCUCUGCUUUGGUGGAGUAUGGCACCCUGCACUAUUUUGUCAGCAAUCGGAAACCAAGCAAGGACAAAGACAAAAAGAAGAAAAACCCUCUUCUUCGGAUGUUUUCCUUCAAGGCCCCAACCAUUGAUAUCCGUCCCAGAUCAGCAACCAUCCAAAUGAACAAUGCCACACAUCUUCAAGAGAGGGAUGAAGAAUAUGGCUAUGAGUGUCUGGAUGGCAAGGACUGUGCCAGUUUCUUCUGCUGUUUUGAAGAUUGCCGAACAGGAGCCUGGAGACAUGGGAGGAUACAUAUUCGCAUUGCCAAAAUGGACUCCUAUGCUCGGAUCUUCUUCCCCACCGCCUUCUGUUUGUUCAAUCUGGUUUACUGGGUCUCCUAUCUUUAUCUGUGAGGAGGUAUGGGUUUCAUUGAUAGGGGUCUUAUUCUCUGAAUCUCAUGGAAAGACAAUGUCCUUUCUAAGUCUAAUGAAAUAAUCCCCUAUGUGGUCAUUGAAUUUGUUUCUCUGUCUCAACCUAGUAAUAUGUAUAAUGUCAUCUUAUCUGUGCCCAACUCUCCUUUGGUUCUUGUAAUUUGAACUUUGGUGUGCACUGUUUUUCAAACCUGCAAGGCAAAGUAAAGUUAGAACAAGGACUGUUGCACCAAGUAUGAUCUCUUGGAGCAACAGCAAUGAAAACAAUGAAAGUGGUGAGUGUUCAAAUUGGUGGAAUCGGUCUUGGAUUCCCAUAUGGUUUAGUACAAAGGAGGCAAAGCCGUGUGCUCUGUUCACUUGGGGUCAAGUUGUGGUAAACUGGAACAAAUUAGAAUACCUCCCUCAUUUGUGAAGAAUCACAAUAGAAAAGCCUAGAGUAGAAUUCUAUUAAUACCUUUAUUCCAAGGUAAGAAGAAAAUUUCCUGCAUAUCCUAUGUACAAUGAUGUAAAUAUUUCAGUAAUGUAGAAUGCUUCAAGUUUAAUGCAUGCAUCUCUUUAGAGCCAAAAUAAAUGAGCUAAAUGAUCAUCAUAUAGUAUUGUCUUUUAUUUUGUGUGUUUGGGCUAUAAAAGAAUAUAUUAAUAUAAUUACAAGGAUUUGGGCUUGAAAUUGGAGGGGGUUCACUGUCUUCUCCCUCAUGCAUGAAAAUUCAGGUUGUAAAAUUAUAUUAGUCUUAUACGACAUUAAAACUUUGAGUAAAAUUUAGGCUGAUUGACAUUUGGCAGCUCUAAAUAUGCCCAAUUUCAUCACUAGCAUAUAAAGUAAAUGUAUGUGCUUGCUGUUGUUUUGCCUUCUUUGAGGAUGUGAGUCCUUAAUAGAACUCUUUCUCCAUCUCAAUAUCUGCUUCUAGUGAUGACUAAUGCCUUGUGGGCAGAGUCCUGAUCAUUUCUUCUUUGGGUUCUCAACAUCUUACAUUGUGGCUGGCACAUAGUCAGUGCUCAUUAAAUAUGGCUGAAAGCAACACACCCUCCUGUAGUCUGGUGAAUAUCAUUUUCUGACCCAGAACAAGCGACUCAUCUUUUCACAUUGCUUUCAGCAAGUGAUGCUUUAUCUGUAGAAAUAACCAGAGAAUCUCAAGAACUGCAGCUCUUAAGCCCAUCUUCAAGAAUUUGUUUUAGGCAAAGUCUGUAUUUGUUUUAAAAUAAUAUCUACUUUCUAUACCUAUGUAUGCAAUUGAUGACUUGAGCAUAAUAAUUUCUUGAUUAUUUAUCCAGUUUUUUUUAAAAGAAUCAAUUUAAUCUUUAAAAAAAUUUCUGCUUGUGCACCUAUGAAAGUAUGAGCAAAAUUCAUACCUGACUGGUAAACAGUAUGUAGUGUUCUGUGCUUGGAAACAAUGGACUGAAGGUUAAAUUAAAAACUGAAACAACACCGAGUGACUUAUAUGGAGGAUAUUGAGCCUCUGACUGUAGGCUCAUUUUGCUCCAUAACAAUUAAAUGGAGUGAUUGCCUGACUUCAUACAUGAGUUAGAUAUUAAUGUGAUCAUCCUGAAUCCUCAUUUUUUUUUUAAAAAAAAAUAGAACCAUACAGUCAGUUCUUCUUUUAAGGAAAAACACUGAUUUAAAUCAAAGUUAAAUCAUAGUAAGUGUAACUUUAUGAUUUAUGAUGAAGACAAUUAAAGAGGGUGUCUUUGUUAAUAUAAAACCACAUGAAGUCAUUAUAAUUAAUCUGGAUGAAUCUUGAAAAUAUGCAGCUGCUGGUUUUGCAAACCUUGAAUAUACCAGUGCUUUAGUAUUUAACCUCAAACAGAUGUAAAUAGAUGGUUAUUUUCUUGUUUUAAAUUGUCAAAAUAGUCAAUGUUGACUCUUUGGGAGAGUUGUUGGCAAAUUCCAAUUGUGAGGAAUCACGAUAUUAUUGUCAACUUGAAAUGUAUUCUGCAGUAGAGAUACUGAGAAAAAAAUAAAGCUAACUUUCCAAUAUGUGCAUAAUAUUGGCAAUAUGGAUAUAUAUUAUACAUCAUCCAAUUCUUAAUCAUCAGCUGCUCCCUGUCUAUGUAUUUGCAAACCUUUUCACAAGAAAAUUGCCUAACAUAUGGACUUUUCCAAUAAAAAUGCUGCAUUCUAAUCCA